AUGAGCACUCUUCAACAGUCCCCAAUACUGGGCCUCCCAAACGAAUUGCUCACUGAAAUCUUCCGGCAUGCUGUUCAGCUUCCCAACUGGGAUCUUGCCGCAAGGUCUGACUUUGCAAGCUAUGAUCUGAAAAUCUGCCGAAGGCUAUCCUCCGUGUGCAAGCGAUUCUACAGGAGUUGUUUAAAAUUCAAUUAUCAAACUAUCCGCCUCGGCCCCCGGAUUGAUAGCUGGAGAAGGCCGCCCACACUUGCCUCCAUAGCUCACCUUCACAGUAUUAUGCGGGCGAACUCGGUGAUUCCAGGAUACUGUCAAAACCUGUCCAUCUACACGGGAUUUCCAAGCGACGACUUGUCUGAAGCCCUCGCCUACUUUGCAAAUAAUUUAGUCCCGCUCCUAACUGAAGUCGAUACGCUGGAUUUCAACGGGCCUCUGUCAGCCACUCUUGGCGAUCCAUCAUGGCUUGUUCUUCAGCAAGCCGCCCAACAUAUGCCCAAACUAGCCCACUUGGAGCUUACCGGUCAUAUAAACGACCUUGAGAUAUUCCCGCUUGUCCACCAAGUCGAUUUCAGGGCUUUGCAAACACUCCGCCUUUCGGGCGCUUCUGCCGAACAUGGAACCUGGCAAAGACCAGAAACAAAGAAGGCGACUUUCGACCAACUGUUUCUCGUUGAUAUUAGAGUAAAAGCACACCACCUGAACUUUCUCAUCGACUGGCCCUCAAUGUUGACGACUUUUGUCUUCGAUGAGUUUAAACGCUCAGGGAGUCAUAGCGGACAGCUGGCUCUACCCGAGAUACUACAAAUGUUGCGCAAGCAUAAAGAAACUCUCAAGGUCAUAAAGAUAUGCUCCAUGGGUGCCAGAGUCCCCAUUGAAGAUUCAUUGGAUACAUCCGAUUUCACAGCCCUCGAAGAGCUCACAGUCUCGAGGUGGCAUUUCGGAGAUGUCGACCCGAUAUUCCAAGAGACUGACGUAGAUCUGGUUGCCGCCCCGAAUUUCAAAAGGCUCACGUAUGAUGCGCGUCGCGACAUGUAUCGGCAGAGGCACGGCCAGUUCAAGUCCGACGAUGAAACAUGGGUACGGCGGCUUAUUCAGGGUGCACUCGCCAGAAAUCUUUCCCUGCAGCAGUUCGAAAUCGUCUGCCAGCAAAACAUUCCAGCAACCCGUAUUGAUCCAGUGUACCCGUGGGACAGAAUCAAGCGACUUCAGGAAGAGUUUCGGCCUCGCGGAGUAGAGGUCAUAUGCAACCCGCCUAUCGUCACGAAAUGGGAAUGGAACGCGUUGCAUGAUGUUUUGGACGAUUAA